CCCAGGGAUGAGGCCACCAGUGAGAGCCACCUGGGGCAAGGUCAGGGGUGGUGUUAGACCUGCUUUACCCACCUUUGGGUUUAAAACUUGAACUCAACCUGGCUAAGCUGGAGCUGAACAGUGCAAAGAGUCUGCCUGGAUGCUUGCUUUAUUUUUAGACCUGGUUUUAACCCAACCUGGUUUCUCUGUGAGGCCAUGGAAGUGCAACAGUUCCUUGCCUGCACUGGCCUGCAGCCGCUUGCGUGCGGUGGGGUGGCAGCCAGAGCUCUGGGCUGGAAGAAAAUGCCACCCACUGGGAAUGAUUUCCAGGCGAUUGGGACGCUGGGGGGGUCGAGAGGGGCCGGGCUGGGGGACCCCAAAAGCCUUCGCCAACCCCAGUGGUUCCAUCAACCAUGGGGCAACAUCCAGCACGUCGCCUGCAGCUUUGGAGAUCAAGGCUGACCUGAAGUUCAAGACAGCGGGGCCCGGUCAGAAGCUGUCGGAGCCGUCCCGGGUCCCCAAAGAGAAGCCGAAAGCCGAAGCAGCGCCGAAGCCUCGCCAGGCACCGACGGAUGAAGCGCAGAUGGCGGCGGCUGCGGCGCUGGCCCGGAUGGAGCUGAGGCCCAAGGCCAAGCUGCCUUCCUCCCAGGAGGCCAUCAAGAACCAGGUGAGAAGAGAGCUGAUGGCUGAGGCAGCUGCCAGCGAGAAGGGGCUCUUUGCGGAGGAAGAGGACCUCAGCUCGCUGGACCAGGAAGGGGCUGCUGCCCUCUCCGUUUCAGGGGUCUAUUUCAUUUGCCCGUUGACUGGUGCCGUUGUAAAGAAAGACAAAAAGGAAAAGCACAUCAGAGAAGCCAUCCAGGCGUAUUUCUCCGUAGACCCGGUGGCUGCCUCGAUCAUGGAGAUUCACACCUUCAAUAAGGACUGGGAGAAAGUACGCGUGGGCGUGGAGACCAUGGCCAAAUACUUGGAUAAUAUCUAUCUCCAUCCAGAGGAGGAGAAGUACCGGAAAAUCAAACUGCAGAACAAAGUGUUCCAGGAAAGGAUAAGCUGCCUGGAAGGGAUACACAGAUUUUUCCAGGCUAUCGGGUUUGAGACAAAAACACUGCCUGUUCCAGGACAAGAGACCACGGAGGAGUACUAUGUAUUGAAGGAAGAGAUGCUGACCAAGUUGGAGAACCUCAAGGACUACAAAGAACAGCUUUUAAGCUCCAAGCCUGUCAGAGCCCAGCUGGAUCGCCAGCUCUGCGUAUUUAAACCAUCGCCUGAAGCCCCUCGGUUUGAGCUGCCAAAUGACUUUUACAACCUCACUGUGGAAGAGAUCAAACGAGAGCAACGGCUCCGGACAGAAGCAGUGGAGAAGGCUUUGAUGCUGAGGACAAGAGCCAUGCGAGAGAAAGAAGAGCAAAGGGAAAUGCGGAAGUACAACUACACCCUGUUGCGAGUCCGGUUUCCCGAUGGAUACAUCCUCCAAGGGACUUUUUAUGCACGAGAAUCGGUAUCUGUGCUCUACAACUUUGUGAGAGAGGCACUCAGGAAUGACUGGCUGCCCUUUGAGCUGUGGGGACCUGGAGGUCUCAAACUGACCGAUGAGAACUUGGCCUUCAACGAAUGUGGGCUGGUGCCCUCAGCCCUCCUGACGCUCGCCUGGGACACAGCAGUCAUGGCAGACAUUCAGGCAUCAGGCAAGGAGCAGCCAGCAAGCUCCCUGAAACCAGAAGUUCUCUCCAGAGUCCAGACACUGACAUGAAAUAAAGGGGAGUGGAUUCAGUACCGCUCGUCUUAGACUGUUCCCUCAUUUUCCCCAUACAGACACGACAAGCUUCCAGCUACGUGACCUCAGAAAUGACUUUGUUUUAGCUCUGCAGAGUGGGAGUCUAGAUCCUGCCAUGUCACACCAACCUUGUGGUCGCCUCCACAACUCCACUAGCCAUACAUUAAGGCAAUCUCGCCCAGUAAGACACUUGCAGGACCGUUCUGAGUGGCUUUAUAAACUAACUUCUAGCAGUGACUGCUUGAGGUGUUCCCAAGACCAUGCUGAAGCACCACUCUCCUCCCUUGGAGGAGGGAUUAGGUGCUAGUACUAGGCUGGAUUACCAACUGAUUGAGCCUGGAUAUCAGGCUCGGCUUAGAACUCAGCUUUUCCUUUUGCUUCUGUGUGCACUGUAACUCCUAUUGGAGAUAAUAUAUUUAGAUUAGAUAAGAUUAUGCUUAGUCUGAUUAAAUGGAAUAUUUAAGACUCUGUUCUACUCAAAGUUAUUGGAAUCGCAUUGGUCUUAGGUUUGAAAUGCAGAUGAGCUCCAGUCAGCACCGGGGCUGGCGCUGGUGUUACUGGUGCAGCUGUGGCAUUACCCACCUUUUCACUUCCUGGCACCUGCAGACAGAACAGGGGACAGAGCAGGAGACUGACAACAAGCAACAGCUGUUUAUGCUGCCCACUGGUGGGACAUUAAGCCUCAAACUACAGCCAAUAUUUUAGGUAACUAAUUCAUCAACUCACAAGCCAUCUGAAGUUAAAAGCCCCAGCAAGUCUGUUACAUACAUAAACAAGUUUGACACUAGUUCAGUCCUUUAUAUUCAAUCUUAAAAGUUAUUCUGUGGGAUAGAGACCAGCUUUUAUGUAUACGGCUUCUGUUGUAACAGUGCGUACAGGAGCCCGAUGAUCUACCCUGAUAGGUAAUUAGUACUGGCCUAUCCCAAAAUAGGAGAAACGGUGCAUUUUUUUCUUUUCCAAAGGUAAAGCCCUGCUGCUGUCUCUGUAGCAAGUAAGACCACAAACAGGAUGAUAUAGAUAGCAUAAAUUCAAAUAUAAUUGUACGUCAUUUAUACCCACGGCCAUGCUAUACAACAUUAUGAACAGAGUAAUUCCCUCAGUGGCAUCACAAUAAGCUUAUUUCAAAAUCCCUCCACUAAUUUUAGAGAUAACUUAGAUACCUUCCAUUACAAAGAAGUAUCAAAAUUUCAAUAAUGCUUUAUUAAGGACAGAUUAAUAUGUGGUAUUUUUUAAGCUAAAAACUAGAACUAAAAAAUUUAAGCUUCCAUCUGGUCUGAAGCAGAACAAAGUGCUGUCUUCUCUUUACAAGAAAUAUGGAAUACUUUCAAGUAUCUUGUUCAAAGAUACACAAGGUUUAAAAUUUUCUAACUUAUUCUACAUACAUACAGAGAAGUUAGUAGGCAUGUAAGUCUCAAACUCUAUUAGAUGGGCUGAGCACGCUGGCGCCUUGGGGAGCAGCAGCUCGUGUGCCACUGGAUUCUGAAGCUGUUUCAGUAACUGCCAACGUAGAAUCUGCAAAGUAAAAAAUAUGUUGGGUUUGGGUGGGGAUGGUUGUUCUGUUUUUAAAAUAUCCUCAUUAAUCUAGUAGAAUUUGACUACUAUAUGCUUUAUCUACCUUAGCUGCAUGCCCCCUAUCUGUUGCAAGUCCCCUUUUCAAUACUACGUAAAAACUGGUUUUAAUAUUGGUUAACAUCAAUUCAGAAUAAAAUUACUUCAACCAUAAAAA